CGGCUGGUUUGCGAAAUGCGAGAGAAAUACACAAUAUGGCGGCUUCCUGGGUCCGGUUUUUGAGAGGGUUGUAUGUUUUAUUUUUAAUAUGCCUCCUUUCUGCCUCGGCUUUUUUGAAUUUGGAGGAGUUAAAUGAAAUGAAAUAUGGGAUUCAGAUUCUUCCAGACCCCGUGAUUAGAGGGCAGAUGGAAGAUGUGAUGUUGGUGUCUAAUAAAUAUAAGCAGCUGUACGAGUGCCGGUUGCCUGCGCAGGCGGUGAGGUUCCACCAGGACCCGGUUCCUGAGUCGGACCCUCAGGGCUACAGCGGGCCGGCCGUCCCCGAGCUCCUGAAGCCCAUGCACUCCGCUCCCUGCCUCAUCAAGACUAAAGACUGGUGGACGUACGAGUUCUGCUACGGACAGCACAUCAGACAGUAUCACCUCGAAGAUUCAGAGAUUAAAGGUGAUGUGCUGUUUCUGGGUUAUUUUGAGUCUGAGUUUGACUGGACCAAUGAAACUGCUAAGGCCACUAAACAGCACAAGCUGAAGCGAUAUCACAGUCAGUCGUACGUCAACGGCUCCAAAUGCGACCUGAACGGAAACCCACGAGAAUCUGAAGUCAGGUUUGUGUGUGAAGAGGGCUCGAGUGAUUAUAUCUCCCGUGUGGACGAGCCUCAGUCGUGUCACUACGUCCUGACGGUUCACACGUCGCGCACGUGUCAGCACCCGCUCCUGCGCCCCCCCUCCUCCGCCAAGCCGCAGGCCAUCGUGUGUCAGCCAGCGCUCAGCGCGCAGCAGUACAUGGACUACGUUAAAGCACAAGUCUCUGACACAAAGCGGAAAGUAGAACAGAUCUCAGAAGAGCUCCGGACGCUUGAUCAGAUUCUGUCCAAAGAUGAAAGCAGGGAGGAAACAGGAAGUGAUGUAAUGGAUGAGGAGUCUGUACCGCCCACUGAUACGCCUGCUGUAGAGUCUGAGGUCAAAGGUCAGGUUGUAGACGCUGUAGAUGAGGAGGGGGAGGAGUCAGUGAGCGAGGAGGCGGAGGAUAAAGAUUUCUGGGACGGAGUCACCAAACCAGAGGGGGCUGAAACGCAAACACCUGAGCUACAGGAGUCUGACGGCGAGCCGGAGAACGAACCCGACGAUAACGACACGGCGAGUGUGUUUGUGUUCGCAGUAUUUGGAGAAGGGAAGUUUAACUUUAAGAUCAUGACGGAUCCUGUAGACCUGAUGAAGUUCGUGCAGCACCUCAGAGACAGUAACAGGAAGAAUAAAAAAGCUCAGGUGAGAAACGGGAGAAGCCAGACUUCCUCAGAGGAGACGGAGAAGGAGAAGGAGAAGGAGGACGAGGAGGAGGAGAGGAAGAAGAAAAAGGAAGUGGAGGAGGAGGAGGAGGAGGGAGAUGAAGAUGAACGGCUGCUGAAGGAGUUCGAAGAGGAGAUGGCCGACCUCUCGGUUCCUGCGUCCAAAAUCGUCCAGAUUAAAGAGGAGAUGCAGAAAGAGUUCGACAACAUCAUAGAAGAGGCGCAGCAGGAGCUGGAGAACGAGGGUCUGAAAGGAGAGUUUGAUCGCUCUCAGGCCACUCAGACUUUAGAGAACACUCUCGGUAAACUGCUGGAUCGUCUGGAGGAUAAAACCGAACAGGACGCGGAAUCACACCCCGACACACACACGCACACCGACACACACACGCACAAAAACACGCACACACACACCGACACACACACUCCAGACAAGAGGGAGACAGGAGGCGCCAGAGGUGACCCCAGCCUCGUCCCCAAGACUCCAGAGCAUGAGGUCGGUGAUGGCGAGCAGGUAAAGAUCAGGGUGACUAAGUAUAAGGUGGGUGGAGACGAUGCGGCCGGUGGAGGUGAGGGGGGUGUGAGGGUGCGAGAGCUGAGCGAGAGCGACCCCCAGUGGCAGCACAUUCACCACCUGGUCAAAGAGCAGCUCGAGAGAGCCGGCAUCAAGGCCGAAGGAAAGAUAGAAGUGAAGAUUUUGACCCGUAAAUCAGCGGAGGAGGCGGGAGACCAGUGGCUGAGUGAGGAAGACACCAAAUCUUUCAGAGAACUGCUCAUCAACCUGCUGACGGGAGGAACGGAGGAAGUGUAUAAAGAGCAGAAGCGACAGCAGGAGCUGGAGAACAACUACAGGUUUGUUUGGGGAGAGAAACAGGACGAGAGUCAGUCCACGGGAACCGGAGAGUCCGACGAACUCGAUUUCUGAUUCACAGGACUGUGUGAGUGAGUGUGUGUGAGUGUGUGUGAGUGUGUGUGAGUGUGUGUGAGUGUGUGUGAGUGUGUGUGAGUGUGUGUGAGUGUGUGUGAGUGUGUGUGAGUGUGUGUGAGUGUGUGUGAGUGUGUGAGUGGGGGGAACAAACACAAGCGCAGAGAUCGGACUGUGGAGCAGCCGUUCAGCCAUCACUCGGACUGCAGCGAGAAUUUCUGUAAAGCAUCAGUGAAUAAUAAACUCUCUCUCUCUCUCUCUCUCUCUCUCUCUCUCUCUAUUGCUCCCUCUCUCUCUCUCUCUCUCUCUAUUUCUCUCUAUUGCUCUCUCUCUCUCCCUCUCUCUCUCUAUAGCUUUCUCUCUCUCUCUCUAUUGCUCUCUCUCUCUCCCUCUCUCUCUCUAUAGCUUUCUCUCUCUCUCUCUAUUGCUCUCUGUAUUGCUCUCUCUCUCUCUAUCUUUCUCUCUCUCUCUCUCUCUCUCUCUCUCUUUCUCUUUCGCUUUCUCCCAGUUACAGACACCAAACUCUCUCCAAACAUCAUUACAAUUUUUUUAAUUUUUUGUUUGAGGGGAAAAAAAUUCACAAGGUUUCGAUGGAUGCUGUUAUUGCACUUUAAGUAAUAAUAAUAAUAAUAAUAAUAAUAAUAAAAUAUGCAGCGUUUGGAUUGUUCACCCUGGAGAUGCCAGUCAGGACCUGGAUAAAAUAAAAUAAAAUAAAUAAUAAUAUAAAAAAAAAAAAACGGGGCGUCGUGGUGUUUGGGAACAUGAUUUGAUGAAGUAUCUCGCAUUACGGUCAAGUACAUGGUUGAGGUUUCGUGAAGAGAGCAAGGUCAGAUUACAGAGCGUGUUUACGUUAGGGCUGAGCGAUAAUCUAAAAAUAAUUACUUCCUCAUCGCGUCAUUCCGUGUCGAUUCACACAGGAUUGUUGCUGCGAGUCUCAGAUUUUGUUCAUUCUUUCUUUUUGUUUUUUUUUUUAUUUGUUGCUUGUGACCUAAAACCAAAGUCUGUAUAUAGAAUAUUUUUGCAUGGGAAGCCAUGUUUAAGAUUUAAUAUCUCCUGAAAUAAUGUUCCCAGCCACAUGACAUUCGGCAGAUAUAAAGACAGACUGUUACUGUGUGUGUGUGAACGCUCAGACGUCACCGCAGACGGAUAGUUUUUUUCUUAUGGGGUCCUUAAAAUGGGAAAAAGUGCAAAAAUUCCGAACACUGAUGAUAUUAGGAGCUUAUAGACCCCAGUUUAAUCAGACGAAUCAGAAUCAUUUUUAUUCGUCAUGUACAUUUACAUGCGUUAGGAAUUUUUCUUGGUGUUUGGUCACAACACUGUACAUUCAUUCAACACACACACACACACACGCGCACACACAUCUGAAACAACACAACACAAUUACCAUCCUAAUAUACAAAUAUUUAAAAAAAACACCUCAAUCAGAAAUAUACGCUGGAUAUAGAGUGGAGAGAUCGUGAUGUAUAAUAAAUAAUAGCAAUGAUAUAUCGUUUGUAAAAACACUGCUGGUUACUGGGCAGAUCAGCGUCGUAGUGAUUAGUGGUUAAAGACAGAAACCGCCGGUGGAAAGAAGCUGUUUCGAUGCCAUGCGGUUUUUGUUAUCAGGGAGCGAAUCGCGUUCCUGAUCGUAGUUUUUGUGGUGCGAAGCGUCACUGAGGAUUUUUCCUGCUCGCUUCUUGGUCCUGGCGAUGUGCAGGACUUCAAGCGAUGACAGACUGCAGAAGUUUAAAAAAAUAAAAACAAAAAGAAAGGUAGAGACAAAAGAUGUAUGAAAAGGAAGAAAGAAUGGAGGCAGACAAAAGGAAGCUGUUAGAGAUAGAAAAAGGAAUAAUGAAAGAAGGAAAAAAGUAAAAAAAAGGUGCUACGUAAAUUAAACUAAAACGUUUAAAUGUGUUAAAUGUCAGCAACCUGCUUGUAUUUGCAAUAAACAACAGUUCAUUCUCAGAAAAAAAAACCCCAAAACAAACAUGUUAGGGCUGAACACGCAGUGAAGUGUUACGUUCUCCUAAUUUUAUAACCGAACACGACGUCCUCCUCAGACGAUACAGAUGUGGGAGGUUUAUCGUUUAUCGUUAUCGGUUUAUUUUCUGAAUGUGUAUCUACUGUACAGACGCAACAGAUAAAAUGUGUGUGUGUGUGUGAGAGAGAGAGAGAGUGAGUGUGUGUGUGUGUGUGUGUGUGUGUGUGUGUGUGUGAGAGAGAGAGAGAGCAAGAGAGAGAGAGUGUGUGUGUGUGUGUGUGUGUGUGUGUGAGAAAGAGAGAGAAAUUAGGCAUUUGAGCUUAUUUUCUUCCUGGAGUCUGAGUGAUUAUUGAGUCUGAGUGAUUAUUGAGUCUGAGUGAUUAUUGAGUCUGAGUGAUUAUUGGAGCAUUAAACUCAUGAGAAUAGUUUUUAUUUCAUUUAUUUUUUAAUUUUUUAAAUUUUUUUUGGUUCUUCUUUGUUGCUUUAACUAAAGAAAAUGCUGAUGAUGUAAGAAAGUUUCUCUGAGCUGUCAAUCAAGAUUUUGGGAAUAAAAAAUAACAUUCAUGUUAAAUGCGUAAAGGUUGAUUGUAAAAUUUUAGCUGUGAAAUAAUUAAACGUUUGUAAAAAAUA